AUGAACGGAGAAAAUAAAAAGGGCAGAUACAAGUUCGAUGACGCGCUUGAGGCCUGCGGUUUCGGCAAGUACAACUACUGUCUCCUAAUAAUAUGCUGUGUGCUAAUCCUGGCAAUGUACAUAGACAUCUUCGGCUUCUCAGUUCUCUUGCCCAGCGUGGCCUGCGAUUUUGCUCUCUCGAAUACUCAGCAAGGACUUCUGUCUGCUCUACCUCUUGUUGGAACUAUGGUCUCUUCUUACGCCUGGGGACUUUGUGCAGACACUUUGGGCCGACGAAAAACCCUCUUAAUAGCAAUGCCCAUAGGAUCUUCUAUCAGCCUUUUAACAAGCAUUGCGCCCAACUACAUUGGAUUGUGUGUUCUACGGUUCUUCUCUGCGUUUUUUUUGUCAUCAGCCAAUACGGGUGCAUUCGUGCUUCUCGGAGAGAGUGUACCCAACCACCAUAGAAAGCAGUUCAUGUUCUUCAUGGCUAGUUCUACCAUGAUAGGACAACUUUGCACGUGCUUACCGGCUUUAGGCAUCUUCCGACUGAAAUUCCAUGUGGAUGUUCCCUGGCUGCAAAUGACAUACCGUCCGUGGAGGCUACUCCUCCAAACCCUCUCUAUACCUGGUAUUGUUAUGAUUAUCUUAAUGACGUUUUUCAAAGAGAGUCCUAAGUUCCUCGUCAGCAAGGGAAGAGAAGAGGAAGCUAUAGAUGUCUUGAAGACCAUGUAUAACUGGAAUACCGGAGCUAGCAAAGAAUCUUAUAUGGUAACUUCAGUGUACCUAGAACAGUCAGAGUUGAAGUCUGGUACUGAUAAAUCUGUGGUAAAAAGAAUUUGGAAUCAAACUGCGCCCCUUUUCAAGCCACCCCUGCUUAAGAAUUCCUUGAUGCUCUACUUUAUUCUCCUGUGUGCUUAUAUGACGUCGACAGGUUUCACCAUGUGGAUUCCAACCAUGACCAACGCUUACUUCAACGGUGGUGAUAUAGCGGGCAAGACUUUCUGCGAAGUUGCUAGUCACGCGGCACGACGACCACCGAGCACUAAUGAAACUCUCUCAAUAUCCCAAGACUGUGAUGACGUUAUCAAGCCGAACACUCUCUACGCUGUGAUGGUCUAUUCUGGUCUUUGCGGAGCCCUAAACUUCACUCUGACCUUCUUAGUAGGUCCCCUGGGCCAAAAGACCACUACGCUACUGAUAUUCAUCAUCACCUUAAUGUGCGGAGUCUUUCUGCUGUUUGUCAAGAUACCGAUGCUCAGUAUUAUGAUGUUUUUCAUCUUCCCCUACGUUUCUUUAAUCUUGGGAAAUAUCAAUACUUACUUAGUGGAUUUGAAUCCCACUUAUUUAAGAGGCAUGGCGACGUGUCUGUCAGUGCUGGUCGCUCGUGGUUUCGGCUUCAUCAGUGUCCAGAUCAUUGCCACAUUCCUGGCUGACCAUUGCGUUCCUCUGGUCAUCACUUAUAUAAUACUUGGACUUUUGGGAUUGAUAGCAGCAUUAUUCCUACCAUCAGAUAUAAGAAAACAGGAGACAUACCAAGAGGAUAAUUGCAAAAAAAUAUCGGCCAAUUGCACUGAAAUGGGCAGCGUCGAAAAGUAUUAA